AAGAGCAGAAACAAACAUCUGACCUUAGCUGAGAUAAAAUAACCUGCUGCUACCUAAAACACAAACUUCAGGAUGGCUCGUCUGGUUCUGUCUGCGAUUGUGCUGAUGAUGGCUGUCAUCACUUUCACUGAAGGUCUGCGUGGAGUUGGACCAAAGAAGUGCUGCUUCCAGUUCAAUGACAAUAAGGUUUCAAUAAAUAGGGUGGUGGGCUACACCAAAACCAGUCAGCGCUGCCCCAACCCUGCCUUUUUGCUGAAAACAGUUGCAGGCCGUCAGCUGUGUGUCAGUCCUUCAGCACCCUGGGUGAAGGAGCUCAUCAGCCAGCUGGAGGCCAAAAAGGUUUCUGGUUCAAACACCAACCUGUAAACGUGCAAAUAAUCUACCCACAAGCCAGCCUACAUCAUGAUGUAGCUGGUAUCUGAUGCUACAGUUUCUUACAAAAAACAGCAGCUCUCUUUCUUCUAUAUUUACCAAAUAUUCUAAUAUUUGAAACCAGACUACCGGGAUGAAAUGAAGGGAAUCAAAUAUUCUUCAUGUAAAUGAAGUCUGUUUUUUUUUUUAUUAUUGUGGUUGUCAUAAGGAACAACAGAAGUAUUUUUGUAAAAUACAACACAUAAAGUUCAACCAUCAACUCUGUGAGCUUUACCUCUAUUGUAGUUUGAACUGAUCUUAGAAAGUAACUAUUGUAAAAGACAAAUGUCUUCCAAAACCACAAAGUGUCAUCUCUAUCAUAUAAGCUACGAAUAUUGCACUUGCUUAUGUAACAACUUAACUGCUGUUAUCUGAUUCUAUUUAAAGUCUUAUCUGACAGAAGUAUUGUAACCCAUUCAGAAGUAUGAAAUAAUUUUCUGUAUGCUUGAACCAAUGUGAUCCUUACGAAAUAAA